CCUAGUCCUCCGCAGCUCGGCUACCAAGACGCAAACAAUCAAUCAGUGCAAAAAAUAAAAUGGAAGUGGCUAUUGGUACAGGUUCCUUAAGCAGGGAAAUGUACUCCUCUUUCACUCUGGCACAUAGUGUCCGAGUACUAGAUAUCAUGAACAAACACCGAAAGGACUGUCUUAAACUCUGCGACGUUGUUCUCAAAAUCGGAGACGAGCAUAUUCCGACACAUAGAGCCGUGUUAGCAGCCUGCAGCCCGUACUUUUACGCCAUGUUUACAAGUGAUUUAGUGGAGAGCCGGCAAAAAGUUGUCACCAUGAAAGACAUAGACGCAAAUGUAGUACAACAGCUGGUAGAUUUUGCUUACACAGGAAAGGUAGAAGUCAACGUAGAAAACGUACAGUCCAUUCUCGCGACUGCUUGUUGGGUACAGUUUCAUGAAGUUCGAGAACUUUGUUGUCAGUUUCUAGAAACCCAGCUGGAUCCUUCCAAUUGCUUGGGCAUUAGAAAGUUUACUGAAGCACAUGGUUGCGUGAAUUUUCUUAAGGUGGUGGAUAAUUUUGUACUUGAAAACUUUAGGGAAGUAAUGAAGUCUGAAGAGUACGCCUUGCUUCCUUGUGAGUUGCUGAUCAAAGUGAUUUCAAGUGAUGACUUGAAUGUUAUUGCCGAAGAGGAAGUAUAUGAGGCCGUGAUGUCUUGGGUAAAUCACGACUUAAACAACCGUGUAAAACAACUUCCAAGCCUAAUACAAUUCGUCCGUAUGCCUCUGAUGUCUAAACAUUAUCUUUUAAACAGAGUAGAUCCAGACAAAUUGAUAAGAUCGGACAUGAAGUGCAGAGAUCUGUUGGAUGAAGCAAAAAACUUCCACCUUUUGCCCGAGCAAAGAGCGCAGUUUAGAACUGAUCGUAUGAAACCUCGGAAGUCAAUGGUCGGGACUUUAUACGCUGUUGGUGGAAAAGAAGCGGGGGAAACUAUUUCUAAUACAGUGGAGUGUUACAGGUAUUAAGUUGACGAUUAUUUGACUCACUAGUGUUCAUAUGUAAAACUCAUGUUUUUAUCCUUUGACACAGAGCUGUUGACGUGUAGGGAAUAUGCUACCCAUCAUGAAGUCCGUUGGACGUAUUCUAAGCACAAAACUUCAUAUAUCUGUCAGAUUUAAUAAUUCAGUGCAACUUGACGCUACAUUCAAGUUAUUUUGAAGGUCAAAUAUUUGAACAAACUCAUAUUUGCGAAUUCCUGUAAGUAAUUCACCAAAGUACAUCGAUACAAAAAUUGCCUGUCAGGAAUGUGUUGAGAGGUUAAGUGAACACGGUUGUUUUGACUCCCAUUUCGACUCCCACGAUGGUGAUCCUUUAAUUUUGAAUGAUUUUUAAUGGGAUCAAAACACUCUUGCUUGUUUUCUUCUAACUUAAAAAUUGUGAAUUUGCAUCGUAACCAAACCAAUGGGCCUUCAAUGCGUAGCCUGAAUUGGUGCAACAGCAAAGUACUUUUACAAAAUUAUUUUUUAUUGUUUACUGCUCAAAACGGAUAAUGGGCGCAUCUUUAUGACACAUUCAUUCAUCUGGGUGAGAAUAUUCCAAACCCAGCAGGGGGUGGGGUACUCCCGAUUGGGAUGAUCAAAGGGUUUUUUGGGGUAGGAAAUUUUCGCAAAUAUUUUUUUGGGUGGCUUGAUUUUUGUAGGGAUAUUUUAAGGUCUUCAAAACAAUCUGAAGAUCCAUUGUAGUGCACCAGUGCAUCCUGGCUGCAUAGUUCUGUAAAUAUCAAGUACAGCCGAAAAAAGUAUGACAUGUUAUAUCAGUUAAUGCUUUUUGGAAAUUUUUAAGGCUCAGAAAUUUGGCAUGGGAUUUUAUUCGGGUUAAUUUUUGAUCCAGGUGUUUUGGGGGGUUUUGAUUUUUGUCCCCAUUCGAUCAUGUUGUAUUUAAUUUUUUAUCGCAAGUAACUUUUCCUUUCUCUUUUUUGUAAUUAGGUAUGGUAGUGUAUGCUAAUGAAGUUGAAAUAAAAGAAAAAUAAAAAUUACCUGAGAAAAAAAAUCAGCUACAACAAUCAUCCCUGUCACUUGAAAUCCGGAGCACCCCCCCCAGGAUUCUAAAACAGUGAAGGGAUAAACUUUGUCUUAAUAUGUGUAAACUGGUACAAAAGUCAAACAGAAGUCUUAGAUUCUUGUGUCCAAUCAUGAAAGUCAGAGAGUACUUCUUCCAAAUCUGAUAAACUGUCUGUUAUUGCCUCUCAUGAUCAGUCUCCAAAGCAACAUUUGGCAACCUGCUGCAUCACUCAAUGUCCCCAGACAACAGCUUGGUACGGGCAGUUUGGGAGGUCGUCUCUUUGCUGUAGGCGGCUCGGAUGGUUACUCGCGUUUGAGCACAGUUGAGUGCUUUUCACCUGAGGCAAACAGAUGGAUGUAUGUGAAGUCACUCAAUACAAGUCGAUCAGGAGUUGGUGUGGGUGUCCUUGGUGAAGCAAUGUAUGCCAUGGGUGGUUAUGAUGGACGGUCAUGUUUAAAAACUGUGGAAAGAUAUGAUCCUCUAGUGGAUAUUUGGAGUUUUGUUGCACCCACAAAUGUGACCCGCAGUUUUCCUGGUAUGUGAUUGACUACUGGUUAUGUUGUAUUUUUCUCAAUGUCUAAAAAUACUCUUUUACUAAAACUCUGAUCACUAUAGAUCGUUUUCACUCACAUGGUCAGCAGCUAUGCAAAUUUCUUUGAACAAAGGAAAGUUUUCACUUGAGAAAAGAGUUCAAUCCCCACUGGUACACCAAUAUACCAAUAUGGCCACCUUUUUGUCAAAAAAUUCCCCCAAUAACUGAGGGAAGGUCAGGCAGUUUUGAUGGAAAACACCAUUUCUGUUCAGAAUUGUUUAUUCAAGGGCCCAGAAAAUUGCAAAUUAUGGUAUGUUGGCUCUGUAAGCGGGCAAGAUGGGGCAAAUCCUAAGUUGCCAUUAGCUACCUGAACAGGCAAGAUACGCCUAUCUUGCUCCCUCAGUGUUACCUGCUUUGCCUGGCAGGAAAAGAUAUUGUUUUAGUCAUUUAAUAAAAUCUUAAAAUUUAUCAAGCUUGUUUGGUCAAGAUGACUACAUAUUGGCCUCAUUCUUUUUGCUGUUUUUUUGCCCUUUUUGACAGAGGGGCUUAAGGGAUUGUGGGAAAUAAUGUGUGGUGUAAAGCUACACUGUAAAUUGGAACGUAUGGUGCAGAAUGAAACACAAGAACACAUAACUAGAAUGAAAAGUGUUCCUAGAUUCUGUGGGGAUUUAAAUUACAACACUUUUGUUCUAAAUCAGUCUUAUGGCUUUCCAUGUUGCCUUGAUGUGUGGGAUACCAGUGAUUGCCAUCAUGUGAAAAACUGACUCACAACUUCACCAACGCAGAACCACAGUUUCUUUUGAAUUAUAACUAAUUCAACUUUAUUCAGCUUUGUUAAUAUUAUUGUAUUAUUAAUAAUUUUUGUUUUUACUCAGGAGUGGCAGAGCUUGGAGAUCGCAUCUUUGUAAUCGGUGGUAAUGAUGGAGUGUCAUUUUUAAAUUCAAUUGAAUGCUAUGACCCACAUACCAAUCGAUGGACUCAGCUUGCUCCUAUGAGUCGGCCUAGGGCAGGAAUAGGUGCAGCGGCUCUGGAUGGUCGCAUUUAUGCUAUUGGGGGCUUUGAUGGUGCCCAGAGACUUGAUAUAGUGGAAAUGUAUGAACCUCGUAUGAAUACAUGGCAAGAAGCUGCAUCAUUGAACUCAUGUCGCGAUGGUGUUUGUGUUAUGACUUAUGGCUGUUGGGUUUAUGCCGUGGGUGGAAUAGAUGGACCAUCAUAUCUUAAUACUGUGGAGGCUUACGACCCAAGAACUGACCAAUGGGAGGAGGUUCUUCCCAUGACAAGAUGUCGAGCAGCUGCUGGAGUAGCAGUGUUGAAAAAUGCUCAUUGAAGUAAAAUUGAUCGUGGUAUUGAACUACAGACUCAAUUCAAGUUGUCAGGGCACAAAGCAAUUUUUUGCUGAUCACAGAAAACAAAAUCAAAAAAGUUUAUUUGAUCAUUCAUGAUACAUGGCUUUUUUGUUGUUAAUUUUACUGAUACCUUAAAAUUAUUAAUGCCAAGUUAUAAGCCCCAAUUAUUUAAGCCCCUGACAUAUUUUCUUGUUUAUUCACUAGCUUACAGCUCCAACAGGAGUAAAAUGAAUAAAUUUUUCAGGAUGCACACCCCUGACUCCACUUAGGGCAUGUAGGGCUUGAGUUUUUGGAAAAUGGUUAUGCUAUUUUUGCUGGAUCUAUGCUGAGCAGUUACACAACUGUUUAAUGCUUUGAAGACUGAAAAAAAAUCUUCUUGUGAAAUUUUCAAAUGAUUCAGGAAGGAAUGCUUAUGUAUUUAAUACAUUAUUUUCAGAAAAUGCUAUACAUAGUUAAGGUUUAAUCUCAGGUUAGUUAAAAUGCAGGCUACAAAGAUUUUUUGAGAAAUGUUCAAAUCACUCUAGUAAAAAAAUAUGGUUAUUUAAUUAUCUACUCUUAAAUUUUGCGAAAAAUUUUCCAUUGUCCGGUUUUAAUAGCAGGUCUGUUAAAAUGCUGAUUGAAGACAACUUUUUGAGAAAUUUUCAAUUCAUUUAAGAUCAAAUUAAUGGUAAUAUUUAGAGUAUUCAAUGUAACUUGUAUUAAUAUGACAGCAAGGAAGAUGAUUUAACAAUUAAUGAAUAAGGCUGAGUAUCUUAUGAAGAAUUAUGGAGAUCGAGGAGGGUGUUAUCUGUCCAGGCCAUAGGCCGAGGCAGAUAACACCCGAAUUUAAUAAUUGUUUUCUUAUUCAUUCAAAAUACUUCCUAGUUUAACAACAUAGCUAAAACAAGCUUACCUGCAUUGAUGUUGUUUAUCUUCGAUAGUUUACAUUUGUCCAGUGCGGCAAAUAUUCUUCAAAUAGUAGAUGUUGCCCUCCAAGUUGUCUUCUUGCUGUUUUUGCUAUGUUUUUAGCCAUUAUUUCGCCUAGUUCCAGCUGUAGUUCUUACUCUUGAAAUGAGUGUUUACAAUGAAAACAACUCAAUCUCGUCCCCAGGUCUUCUCAUUUAACAGUGCGUUAACCUGUAGAAGGCUGCAUUUUUUACAUUAUUUCCUCGUUAAAAACAAAAUUCUUCGAAAUUUGGUCAUCAGUAACUGGUUAUGGUGAAUUAUGUGUGCUUUUAGCCAAUCAGAAUUGGGGAAAUAUUUUAAAUGAAUAAUAAAUUAUGAAUAACAAAUAAGUAGGACUGCUUAACUGAUAAAAUAUGAACUGAGAGUUUGUGAUUGUUGCAAAGUCCUAACAACUAAACACAGUCAAACUUCUCCUAGACUUAAUGGUCGCUUACGAGAAAAGAACCACAGGGCUCUUUUCUGAGAAUAUGUCUGGACACAUUUGCGUUAGGGAAGAUAAUUUACUCUAUGCAAUUUCUAAGUCAUGAUAUGUGCAGUUCCAUGAUGUUACAAAAAUUCUUUGUAUAUAUUUCUAAGUAACAUAACUUACAGGUGUCUUGAAAGCAAAGACUCCUAAGACCCCCUACCAGAUGACUCUGAACUUUAUUGAGUUAGGGUUCAGAAACUGAGUGAAGGUCAUUAAAAUGGGCAUACUGACCUGAAGGUUGAUUCACUCAGCUUCCUAACCCUAAUCAAUAAAGUUCAGAGUCAUUUGGUAGAGGAUCUUAGGAGUCUUUGUUUCCAAGACACCCCAUAACUUACAUGCAGUGAACAUAAGAGAUCAGAUUAUUUGUUAAGUGGUCGCUUACAAGAGGCAAAAAACACAAUGGAAAAUCAUUAAACCAUCAGUCCCAAAUACUGGUGGCUGUUGCUCACAAAAGAUGGUCACUUACAAGAUGUUCCAACUGUAACGUUUUGAUUGGGAACUGAGUUUUGGUGUUUUGGAUAGUUGGUCAGUUAAGGGAAGUGGUGGCUUACGAGAGGUAGUUGUACAUGGAGGUUCGCACAUAGCAUUAAGCUUAAGUUCUACCAAACAGGUUUCAUUUGAGUGGUUGACUAACACCAUUAUUUCCUCCAUAGAUUCAAAAGUUAGAGUAAAACAUAAUCUCACCAUGAGUGAAGGGUUAGUGCUCUUUGUGUUUUCUUUAAGAAUUAUUUAUGAGGCAGUUUUUGAUGACUUGUGUCAAAUAAUUUUGUAAACAAGAACCAGUAAAGUGCUCUGGAAACCAUUUCUUCUCCAAGUACCAAUGUAUUGAUCAAUGGAAUAUGAAAUGAAUUUUUUCGCUUCUAACAACAGAAAGUGGCAAACAACUCACUAAGUUAGGAAAUUCUCAAUCUAUUCUUCAUCAUUUAUGCUUCAAUAGUAUUAUUAGUAGGGAAAUUAAUGUGGAGGUUGGAAAGGGGUGGCUAAGGUAACCUUAUUAAAGUUUUUAUUUAAUCUACUUUUGGUAAAGUCUGUUUACUGGUCAAUAUAAUUA